GAAAGAGAGAGAGAAGGAGAAAGAAGACAGAGAGAUUCUGCAACUUUGUCUUGUAUCUCAAUGGGGAUCAGCAGAGAGAAUGAUCAGAACGACUUGGAAAUUGGUCUUUCACUGAAAAUUGAUCACCCUCCUAAAAAAGAACAAGAAGAAGAAGAUGGCAACGACGACGAAGACGAAGUCCACGAGGAUAUCGAAGAAGAAUCAGCAGCUGAAGAAGAAGAGAUCAAAGAGGAUAAUAUUGAAGAAGAACCAAAAGCGGCUGCAGGUGAAGUGGAUGAUGAUGCCUCAGUAGUACUGGAGACAACAAAUUUGCAUGAGAAUAACUUGAAGACAGAUCAGGAGUUAUGCGCUUUGCAAAUGGAGAUGAGUCGCAUGAAAGAAGAAAAUAAGGUUUUGAGGAAGGUCGUGGAGCAAACCAUGAAGGAUUAUUACGAUCUUCAAAUGAAAUUCACAGCUGUCCAUCAAAAUAGCCAAACCAAGGAUCCUCAGACCUUUUUAUCGCUUCGUGGUAAUGAUCAUGAUGAAGCUGAUCCUCCAAAAAGUAGUAUUCCCAAGAUGUCGGAAAUUCGUCGUCAUAGAUCUCCAUCACCGGCACGUGCGGAUGAUAUCAUAAAAGAGAGUCAACUAGGGCUGUCACUGAGGCUACAAACCAAUGAAUUUAGGGAUCAAAGAGAAGAUCACGAUAUCCAAGAACGUAACAAGGAAGAAUUGACGAGUAGUAGUCUCACAUCAUCAGUGCAACACAAGCUGCAGCGGACCGAUUUGGCCGGAAUUACUAGCCAUGCCGCCCAAGCCAACAGAAAAGCUAGGGUUUCGGUUAGAGCAAGAUGUGAAUCUGCCACAAUGAAUGAUGGGUGUCAAUGGAGGAAAUAUGGGCAGAAAAUCGCGAAAGGAAACCCUUGCCCCAGAGCCUAUUACCGUUGCACAGUAGCUCCUGGAUGUCCUGUUAGAAAACAGGUCCAAAGAUGCCUAGAGGACAUGUCCAUACUGAUAACAACAUACGAAGGAACACAUAAUCAUCCACUUCCAGUUGGUGCAACUGCCAUGGCUUCCACAGCUUCUGCAGCAGCUGCUUCCUUUAUGUUACUAGAUUCAAGCAACCACCAUCUCUCAGAUGGAACACUACCCUCCUCUAAUUUCAUGACCCAAGCCUCCCUCCCUCCCAAUAAUUACUACAACACCCCUCACCACAUGUUAAACAACCACUACCCCUCAUCAAUAUCUCAUCAAUAUUCCUCCUCAUCAAACUUCCGAACCCUAAAUUCCGUUCAUCAUCAGCCUCAUCAUGACCCUUCAAAAGGAAUCGUUCUCGACCUCACCAACAACUUCAGUGAUACUUCUACUAGUACUGCCAUAGCUUCAGCUGGCUCUUCCUCCCAUUCAUCUGCACCGCUGGGGUUUAACAAUUGGAUGGGUGGCAAACCUGCAAAUUAUCACCAUAAUGCUGGUAAUAGUACGAUGAUAAUGGGCAACCAUCAUCUGCUGAGUAACAGCAGGAGGACAUCUGGGGAAGAAAGUAUGACGUCGUCGUCAGCAUUAAUGGCUGAAAAUGUGAGUGCUAUUGCUUCAGAUCCUAAAUUUAGGGUUGCUGUUGCCGCUGCUAUUACAUCUCUCAUUAAUAGCAAAGAGAAUAACACAACUCAUCAUCCUACUCCUCCUCAUAAUAAUAAUAAUAAUAAUAAUAAUAAUAAUUUUGGUCCAAGGGAUAAUGGAGAGAAAGGUGGUAGCUAAGAUAGCUCUAGUGGGGGGCCUUGAUUCUCUUUCUAGCUCACCCAUUUGCAAAAACACUCACUUUAAGUAAUCGUAGUUAUAAUACCCUCUUCAUUUUUGUAACGUUCUGAAAUAAUACCGUGCAAAGAGAAAUUCAAAUUUUCAAAGGGUACAACAAGAUUGUCUAUGUACCACAAUCUUUUACACGUUG